AUGACCUUGGUUGUUAACUCUCCCUUGACAAAUGAAAUCAAGCUUCUGAUUGAGAAGAGUCCAGCUCUUAUCCCACAAGCAAAAAGGCUGGUUGAUGUUUACCAGUGCCUGUGGGAGGCCUACUUGACGGAAUACGCAAAGGCCAAAGAAGCUGGAGAAGAAAAUAGUCUUCUUGGAAAGUCAAACAGCUGGCUUGAGGAAAACAACGAAUCUCUACGUCUCAUCUGUACCGAUAGAGAGGCAAACUUGUACGACAGCCGCCAAGCUUUCCAGUCAGUCCGUCAAGGUAUUCUUAAUAUCUUUGAAGAUACUUUCAAAAUUCACCAGCUUCUACCACUGCCAUAA